UGGAGGUUAUAAAUCUAGAAUCUUGGAUUUAACACUUAAAAAGGUAAAACUUACACCAAAAAUUCAAAAAAAAGAAAAAACUACAAAAAAAUUGAAUAAAAUUGCAAAAAAAAAUCUAAAACUUAACCUCAAAAAACAAUUAAAAAUGUCUGUGACUCUCCCAACGAUACAAAGACGAGACCCAGCAGUCUCGUGAAAAUCGCCAGCAACCCAGCCAGUCAACCAGACAAAUUAAAAGACAGCUUCCUCCACGUUCACAUUAAAAAUAUUUCAUAUAAAGUGCACAUUAGAUAGGAUAAUGAAUAAAUUUACAAUAAUUAAAUAUAAAAUAAUAAAAAUAAUUAAAAAUACAACAAAAUCCGAGAAUCUAAAUCAGCAACAAAGUAAUAAAGACAAGCUUAAAUAUCAUAAAUCAGCAGAAGAAGAAAAUUGCAAUGUUUGGGUCGUAUAAGUAUCGAACCCUCGUGCUCUGUCUCAUUCUUAUGCAGCAGACAAUUGAGGCAUCGGACGAUGUCCAAGAGAUGCGUAAGAAGCAGAAGAUAUCGCUUCAGCAGCAAGAACAAAUGCUUUUACAAAUGCAACAUGAGAUUCAAGUACAAUUACAAAAUUUAUAUGCAGAACAGCAUCGACUGGAGUCACCGGAUGGUGAUGGUAAUGAUAUUGGAUAUGAGUAUCCGUCAUAUUGUGCUAAUUGCCUUGGCGAUACAUUCGAGAGUACGAAUAAGAAUCUACUUAGUAGUGAGUAUAGUAGGAAGGCUGAUGGAACGAGCAAAGCAACACAAAGUGAGAAUGAAUUGAAUCAAUUGAGUGACCAUAAGCGACUUGAAGCCAUUAAACAGCAAAUCUUGCUGAAAUUGAAUCUUCGAGAGAAGCCAAAUAUCACAAAUUCAAUACCCAAACAAUUUAUACUCGACACACUGCAUCGUGCAGGCGAGAGAGACUUUGAGUACACGACAAUGAUGAUGCAAUCAGGUGCACAGUCAAUGACGACGUCCAGUGAUGAUCCGAUUGUUGAGAGGCUGCAGCAAUUGAGACGGAAUAAUAGUGAGAAUAGUUUUAGUGACGAGAAGGAAUUUAUGGACGACGAAGGUGAAUUUGAUGACUUUUAUGGAAAGACGAGGGAGAUCAUCACGUUUGCUGAGCGCGGUCAACGCAUCAACAGUCAUCACAUCUUGACAUUCUCAACGGCAUACGAUAAUCAAACGCAGCCAAAUGCAAAGCUCAAAAUUCGUAAGGCGACUCUAUGGAUUAUGGUUGAGGUGCAGCCGUCAUCGCACAAAAUGAAACGUGAGUCGGUUGAUGAUGAGAGUUCGAGGAGUAGUCGAGUGAAUGUAAAUACAACAAAUGAGUCACUCAGACACAAUCAAGCGCCCACAAAGCGACGGAAGCGAAGGAAAAAGGACGGACAGAAUAGAAAUGAGAAAAAUUUGUAUUUUUAUUAUGAUAAUCAUAAUUUUAACAGCCAUAUCAGUAAUAAUAAUAAUAAUAAUAAUAAUGAAAAUAAUGAUAACAGUUAUAACAAUUAUAAAAAUUAUAACGACAUUCAAAACACUAUGAGCAAGAACAAUAAUAAUAAUAAUAAUAAAAAUAAUAAUAAUGAUAAUCAUAUCAUUAAUAAUAAUAGUUAUGACGAUAUUGAAUGGCGUGAUGGACAACAAAAGUCCACAAAAACUGAUAAUGACCCAUCAUUGAGGGAUAGUUUAAGUAAUGCGGGAGAUAAGUUUGGCAAUUUUACACAAAUCAGCACCAAUAACAAUAAUAAUCAUUAUAGACAUAAGCAUAAGAGUCAUAAUAACAUUACUUUGUGGAUAUUUCGAGUACGUGACACAAAUCAAACUAAUCUCAAUAGUUCUGUGGAUGAUAAUAAGGUAUUAAGUGAUCGCAUGGAAUAUAGUACAUCAAAGGAGAUUUCCCUCUCAAAGCUAGGCUGGCAAAAGCUCGACGUAACGUCACUAGUUCAAAAAUUCUACGAAGAAAGUUCGAGUCGAACGAGUCUGGAGACCAGCAUGCAACUGCUCAUCGACUGCACCGGUUGUAUUCGUAAUAAUCUCAAAAUUCAUUUACUUCAAGACACUGACGAGGUGGAGUCGACAAAGCCAUUCCUCGUCGUGCAUAUAGAGCCAAAUAUUGUUCGACGAACGCGACGACGAGCAAUUGACUGUUCAUUGGCUGGCAAGAGUCAGUGUUGUAAGCAACGAUUUUAUGUUAGUUUUAAGACAUUAGGAUGGGAUGAUUGGAUCAUUGCACCACCUGGUUAUUAUGCUAAUUAUUGUCGUGGUGAUUGUGGCAAUGGAGUUCAUAGAACGCCGGAUACGUUACUGACGUACUACUCCCAUGUUUUCCAUGAAGUGAGAAAAUACAACAAACUUAAUGGAAAUCAGCUCUGCUGUGCACCACUCAAGUUCUCCAGCAUGUCACUAAUUUAUUUUGAUCCCGAUGGAAAAAUUAUCAAACGUGAUUUACCCAAAAUGGUCGUGGAUGAGUGCGGAUGUCCGUGAUUUUAUGUUGUAAUCGUGUGGAUUAUUCUGAAUAAAUUCAAUUGAAUUGUGAUCUGAUUGCAGAGAUUUAGGAGAUCUUUAUGAAAAUUAUAAAAAAUGAAUGAGAAAAUGCAGUUUGACUGUUAAUGAAAGAAAAUGUCUAUCACAUGUCAAUUCCAAUGAGAUAAUAGUCCUUUUGAAGGAUCUGAAAUUUUUAAUAUAAAAUUACGGCGGGUUUCAUAAGUUUUCGUGGGAAUGGAGAUUGGCUAAAAGUGCUCAAGCCAAGGGGAGAGCUUGAAAAGAGUAUGAGUAAGGUUGGGUUGGGGGAAGGCUAAAGCUAAGGUUUGACCGAGGCUAGGGCUAGGGCUUUGGUUUAGCUCCAAGAGUGCUAGGAAGAGGUUGAGGUAGGACUAAGGCAAUUUAAGAACGAAGAGGUAGUUUGUACACGGUACGGAUGGGAUCUGGCUGGGAUAGAGAAAGAAUUAGGCUAAACAAGUCCUAAGGGCUAAGAUAGGGUUGAGGUUUAGGGAGAAAAAGGAUAGAACUAGGAUAAAAUAAUAGCAUAACUAGGUUUUGGCAAGGAAAAAGCCAGGGAAAGUUUGAGGUACAGCUUAGCUAGGGAUAAGGUUAGGUUAGGACUCGGUAAGGGUUAAGUUAGGGCAAAGUUAUGAUAAGGCUAAAGCUCAUCAUGGAAACUUGAAACACCAUCGAUAAAACGCACAUAAAUAUUUACCCGGAAUGAAGAAUUGAUCAAUUUUCAUGUGAUUGUGCCAUGUGUUCAGCUCGAAUCAAGGAUAUUGACCUUAGUCAAAUAACUUAAUAGAUUCAAAAAAUUAUAAAAAAAAAUUCAAGAACAUUUAAAUGACUCAUUAAAUUAUGAAUUAACUUGAUUUAACCAAGAAAAUUAAAAAAAAAUUGUACAAUAAAUUCACAAAAAUGACAACAGAAAAAAAAUCUUAGAUAAAAAAUUGUAAAAAAACUUUAAAGCACAUUAAAAACUUAAAUAAAAUGAAUUUUUGUAAACAAGGUCCAUUAAAAAGUGC